GUACAUUCCCAAUAUGAUCAAUAUUUUUUACACAUCUUCACUGAAACAAUUGAUGAAAUCACUCAGAUUGAAUUAAUAGUUUCUAGAGAUAGAUGCAAUUUGAAAGUUUAAAAAUGAAGAAAUCUUAUGCCAAGAAUUUUAUCGCCCCAAAACUCCACGACAAAUAUGGAUAUAAAUGGUUUAAUAGUAUGAUAAUACCUACUCAAUUCAAUCAAUAUCUGCAGUCGAUAACUACCUACAACUUUUCAGUUAGAAAGUUACGAUUCGAUUUGAAAUUUUAAGCAUUUACCCUAGUUAGGAGUUGGAAGAUAUGCAUAUAGGCCGAAUUAGAAGUAGACUCUCAUUCCUUAAUAGCUUAAUCACAGGAAGAAGCGAAUAGGUCGACAGGUCUACCAAAAUUGAGUGUCAAAAAUCGAAUAUAGGACUCGACUUCCGCCCAGCAUUUGUUAAGAAUUGAAUGUUGUUUGCAAACAAAAUUAGUCUGAUGCUUUAUGUCCGAUUCGUUGCAUAGAAAACAAUUAAUUCUUGAGACCAGCUUUAUCGUUCGUGGAAGAUAUGAUUAGAUAUAAUUCCUCUUUAUUCAAUGAAGCCAUCACAUUCGAAGAUUGCAAAUAAGCAGUCUAGAGUGUUCACCUAUUAUUAUUUGUGCUCAUGGGCCAAUUGAGGGGUCCAUUAUCUCAUUGACCCAGUAAAUACCCGUAAGUUGCUUGUGCAAACCUUUCAUAAUUCAGUGGUUCAAGUUUGGACGGACAUGCAUUUAGUGAAGAUCCAAGUCAGAAAAAUUUUGAAGGCGUUCUUGCAAGCUUGUAUUUCUACAGAUAGAUCCACCGAAUACCAUUUGCAGUUAAAAUAUAACUACUGAGGCGACACAACAAAUUCAAAAUGGCAGAAAUAGUUCUGGAGGGUAUUCAAUCGUCGGUGGAUGUUGGGGAGAAGACUGUACUUGGACUAGGGGUGGCUGAUAUAGGAGCUGCCAUGCAGCGUUUCGAUUGGCAAGACUAUGGAUCAUUUGUAGUCAUGUUAUUCCUAUGUGUUUUAGUAGGGUUUUAUUUUGGAUUUAUAAAAACUUCGGAGAAUGCUCAAGAGUACCUCAUGGGAGGAAGAAAUAUGCAGAUAUUUCCUGUUGCUAUGUCUCUACUCGCUAGUUAUAUUAGUGGAAUCUCAAUGCUAGGAAUCCCAACAGAAGUAUAUGUUUACGGGAUUCAGUAUCUAUAUAUAAUUGGAGGAUUGUUCAUAAUGGCCUUCGUAUUCCAGUACAUUUAUCUGCCAGUUUUUCAUAAUUUGAAUUUAACAUCCACAUAUGAAUAUCACGAAAGAAGAUUCGAUAGAAAAGUGAGAUUAUUUGGUUCGAUACUUUUCUCUUUUGGAAUGAUAACCUGGCUACCGUUAGUUAUUUAUGUCCCAGCCUUAGCUUUCAAUCAAGUUACGGGUGUGAAUGUCCAUUAUACAACACCAGCCGUUUGUAUUAUAUGCAUUUUUUAUACAUCUAUGGGUGGUUUGAAAGCAGUUGUUUGGACUGACGUCAUCCAAACAAUUAUUAUGUUCGGAUCACUGGUUUUGGUAGUAGUCAAGGGGACUUUAGACGCUGGUGGAUUUAGUAACGUAUGGCAGAGAAACUGGGAUAGUGAAAGGAUUGAGAGACCGAACUUUGAUUUAGAUCCAUCAUCAAGACACACCGUAUGGUCGCUGUCUAUAGGAGGAUUCGUUUAUUUCCUUCAGAAUGGUGCUGUUACCCAGAAUAUGGUGCAAAGAUUUUUAUCUUUAUCUACAAUCAAGUCAGCCACAAAGUCAUUAUGGUUGUAUAUUUUCUUACUAACUAUUACAAUGACUAUUUGCUGUUAUGCAGGAAUGGUGAUCUACGCAAUAUAUCACAAAUGUGAUCCACUAACAACAAUGUUAGCCAAGGAGAAAGAUCAAUUACUUCCACUUCUCGUAAUGGAAACAAUUGGAGAAUACCCUGGAUUACCAGGAAUAUUUGUCGCUGGAAUUUUCAGUGCAGCUUUAAGCUCAUUGUCUACUGGUCUCAACUCGAUGGCAGCUAUAGUAUUGGAAGAUUUCGUCAAGCCUUUCGUUGUGAAACCCUUGACUGACAAACAAACUCAUCUACUGAUGGAAGUGACUGUUAUUGUAGUAGGUGUAAUUUGUGUAGGUCUGGUCGUUGUCGUGGAAAGAUUAGGAACUGUCCUGCAGUUGACAAUGAGUCUUAAUGCCAUUGCAAGUGGUCCUUCUCUUGGAAUAUUCACUAUGGGAAUUCUAUUACCAUGGGUUAAUGCAAAGGGUGCUUUAUGUGGUGGAAUUUCUGGGCUAGUGAUCAUGUCUUGGCUUGGUUUCGGUGCGCAAGCAGCGAUAGCCUCUGGAAGUCUUAAAUUUCCGGAAAAAGGUGUGACUACAGAAGGAUGUCAUUAUCAUUUUGUGCCAAAACCAACUUCCCCGUUAUUAGAUUUACAUUUUGAUCCCACUUUGAACGGCACUGACAUAACACAUACCGAUGAAAGAUUUAUGUUGUAUCGUCUAUCGUACUUAUGGUACUGUCUGAUAGGAGCUUUGGUUACCAUCUUUGUUGGACUGGUUGUGAGUUAUUUCACUACGCCUAAUAAUCCUCAAGAUGUAGAUCCCCAACUUCUCACGCCUUUUGUUAGGAGACUGAUCAAACCGAGGAAAUUUCCUAACGAGCCGACUGACCGAAUUAUAUUUGCAUACAAAAAUGAAGAAGAAAACAAUGGUGUGAAUGCUAUUGCGAUGACAAAAAUCGAAGAUGAUGGAACCCCCUAACAUUUCGAAUACAAAUAAAGUUUCCUGCUCCUUCUUUAAUUGUUGAAUAAUUAAAAUAGUAUUUUUAUGUUUUUGUAAAUAAUUGUUAGUUUUUCGGAACAAUCGCAAUAAAUAACUAAAAAUAU